UAGAUUUAUUGUAGAUUUAUUUGUAGGAAAGCUAAUGCUUGUGCUUUUUUUGAAGUUUAACGAGUUGUAAAAUUAUAAUCUGGCGACGAAAGAACACAAAACAGAAGCAAAAAGCAAUACGCAAGUUUUUACUAUAGCAAAUUGUUUGUUAGAUUUAUUACCAAAAUAACGUUUCGUGAAAAAAAUUAUUAGAAAAAUAAAUUUUUGACUGAAACAAGAUGCAGAAGGGACAUAAAAAGAUAAAAAAAUAAUUAAACUAAAUAAAAGUUAAAUUAGGACUAACGCAAAUAUGUAUAUACAAAGCUUUCCGUCUUUUUAAUUAUCCUUUUAAAAAGAGUUGGGAAGAUAAAAGCAAAAGGAGCUGAAACAAACCUUAAUACUUUAUUUAGGUGGGUUUUAAUCUUUGAAAUAAAUAUUUUGAACAUGCUAUUAAAUGUGUUGCCAAAAAAUUGUCGUAAUGCCUCGUUCUGAUUACCCUAAUCACCACCAUAAACAUUCAAUCCGUCGCUCAAAAUACGUCCAAAAAAAAGUAUUAAAUCUGCGGAUCGAUCCGGAAAAACCAACUUUCAUCUUUUAAUAUCUCGUGGCAUAAAUUACGUGGAACUUUUGAAUAUAACUUGAUUUGUAAGUAAUAUAUGUCAGUUGCAAGUUGCGUAAUUUUGUAAUUAUUUCCACCAGAGCAGUUAUUUAAACGCGCCAAACAAAUAAACGUUUCGAGGAAUCCUCUUUUGUUUUGUGUUUUUUCUAGACAUAAAAAUUGUAAUAUUUUGGCAAGAGUGUAUUUAUUGGAACGGUUCCCGAUCGGAAAAAUAAAUAUCGCUAAUUGGAUAAAUAAUCCGAUUUUGAAAAUUAUUAAUAAUGUGGUCAUUUUACGACCACUAAUGAAGCGAACAUAUCUAAAAUUAGUUCUUUUCAAGAGGGGAUUUAUGAAUCCGUGAAAAUGAAUGCGAAGCAAUUUGAGAAAUGGAACGAUUAGGUCCCGUAACGGUUGUCUUUCAGAUUUACAUAAUUGGACCUCUUUAGAUGAUACAUCCUGUAGAUUUACAUUUUGAUUAGAUUUUCGUGGUUUUGCAGCUUUUCGUCUCGUGGAGCAUAACGAUCAACAACAACAUUCGGUUAUUCAAAUGCGCUUAAUGUUUCUUGAAUUUUUUAUUAUAACAUAGUUCGGGGAGAGUUUUUGUCAACUUUGGGUGGGUUUUAUGGAAAUUAAGCUCGAUUUAUUAUCGCAGAGGUGUCACCUAAACCCAAAACAACAUAAUUAAUUGAAUCAAUAGAAAAUUAGAAAAUUUUGGCUAAAUUUCAGUGAUUUAGAAUUGUCGUAGGGCUCUCUUAGCUCCUGUUUGGUAAUUUAUUAUCAGUGUCGGUGCAGUAAAGCUUUUGUCACUUACUUGGCUUAAACUUGCUCCUAAACCAAGUUCUUCAUGUUCCUUUGUGCUUAACAUAAUUAAAGUGUCGGCAUUGUUACGGCAGCCACUUUUACCCUAUUGAAAAAUCGAAUUAAGUCGCUGCCGCUGCGACAUUUGUCAAUUUCCGGGUUGUAUUCGCGUCCAUUUACCGUUUUUAAUUAUCAACAUGACAUGUGGCUGAUAAAACCGGGAUUUUUCCGUCGAAAAUCAAACAUACAGUCCUUUUGUAAAUUUAGGGAAACGAUAGGUACACUUGAAACUGUUUAACAUCGAACUUCCAUUAAGUCUAUAAUAAUAAAAGCUUUCAUCGAUAAUCCUUUUUACCUGAAGGAUGGGCUUUGACGCUAAACAAUUUUCGGAUAGUUUGUAAUGAAAUUGUGGGUGAAGAGAGAUACUGAAAAAAGGAAAAUUAAACUUGUACUGAUUUGCAGUUUCAUAAAAGGGAUCUGAAACUCAAUCGAAUUUGGAAUUUUAAUAAAACUGUUAAAGGAAAGCAAGCCACCACAAAGAAAUAUUUCAGUUUGAAGAGCAAUUUUUCAGAUUUUCUUCCAGAUUUAGACGAAAUGAAUCGCUCUCUCAAAGAACAAGUUUCAAAAUUACGUAAUGGAAGCAAAUAAAGAAUAGUUUCUGUUUUGAAAACAUCAUGUUUUCAAUUGAGUCUUAUUAUUUAUUCAAUUAACCUGAACGUAUCCUAGACUUUCCUUUGUGAAUAACAAGAAAAUACAGGUGUGCCAUGUUGUGUUGAAUCAAUGGAUCCGAAUCACACAAUCCCUCAAAAUAUCUCGUCCCUUUUGGACGAGAGUCGAAAAGUUGAUCCUCAACUCUAUGACAGAUAUUUAAGAAACAGGGCCAUUGAUGAACCGGCUUGUACGGCCCUUAUAGCAAUGUAUAGUGUGCUCAUUGUUUUGGGAGCUUUAGGAAACACUUUAGUGAUAGUUUCAGUAAUUCGCAAACCAGCAAUGCGUACUCCUCGAAAUAUGUUUAUUUUAAAUUUGGCUGUAUCUGAUCUUCUCUUGUGUACUGUAACCAUGCCUUUGACUUUGAUGGAGAUCAUCACGAAAUAUUUUCCGCUAGGAAAUAACGUGUUUAUUUGCAAAAUUGUGGGACCUUUACAAGCCACCAGUAUCUUCGUAUCAACGAUUUCAAUAACGGCCAUUGCGCUGGACAGGUACCAGGUAAUCGUCUACCCGACCAAAGAAAGCCUCCAGCUCUUUGGGGCUGUAAUCAUCCUAGGUCUUAUAUGGCUCUUGGCCCUUUUCCUUUCGACUCCUUUGUACAUAGUGAAGCAGCUCAACACCCACAACAUCUCUCUCGGGAAAGGCAUCGACGAACUCAACUUUUGCAUCGAAGACUGGCCUUUUGACCACGGAAGGGCUUACUAUUCCGUCUUCUCCCUCAUCUUCCAGUACAUCGUACCCAUCAUUACCGUUUCGGCUGCCUAUUUGCGCAUCUCUUAUAAAUUGCGCUACCGCUUCGCUGCUGGUUUCGUCAGCAGUGACGAAUCGUCGCAAAAAGGCCGCCGCCAACUGCGAGGUCGCCGCCUCCAACGCACCAACCUCCUUCUGGGUUCAAUCGCCAUCAUCUUCUGCAUCAGUUGGCUGCCCCUCAACCUCUUCAACUUGAUCGCAGACUUGAACAAUUUCCCAACCACAUCUCAGCCCAUGAUGAUCGGUUACGCCGUUUGCCACAUGAUGGGCAUGUCCUCGGCAUGUUCAAAUCCGGUGCUUUAUGGUUGUCUCAACGAAAACUUUUGGAAAGAAUUCAAAGACAUUUUGUGCAUUUCGUCGGAAAAAAACGACGCGUCCGGCGGGGAAUCCCAGAAGUUGUCCAUUAGGAAUAAGUUUAAUAAAGUGUUGGGUCGGAGUAAGCCCGAUUUAGUGACCGGUGUGACGGAAUACCAACCUUGUAACACCGCGAGCAGCGAUAUGACGGUACUAACCAAGUGCUAGCCAUUAAGGAACUUACGGACGAGGAGUAACGGGAGAGAGUCGAGUGUAAAUAGAACGCAACAAAUGUGACUGAUUUUUUAGGAAGUAAUUUGUGUCGUGUGUGAUUGGGACUUGAGCCUAGAUCCUGUUACAGUCCAGACAAAUUAGAGGGGUGUGGCGCCAUGUUGGAAAGAUGGCGGUUUGUGACGCCAUCUUUACAGCAAAUCUAAUUUGUGCAGGAUUAAAGGUCACGACAUCGGCGAGUCCACGGUGUCAAGUGACAUGAAAUGGUCUAGGCUUGAGACCAACUCUUCAAUGUCAAAUAGUUAACUCGAAUUUGUGUUAACAAUGCCUGUGAACGCUGUCAAUUUAUAUCCUAGUCCACUGUAUUAUUAAAAAUAAAGUUUAUGUGAUGUUUGUAUAAAUUAUUAUUAAUGUUUUGAAAUAAAUAGUUUGUUUUAUAAA